AUGCCCCAGUGUCCCUCAACGGACUCAAUGGGGACCAUGGCUUCACUGAUACCCCUCUCCCCAUAUUUAAGCCCUACGGUCCUCCUGCUGGUCAGUUGUGAUCUGGGCUUUGUGCGAGCAGACCGGCCUCCAUCUCCUGUAAAUGUGACGGUCACUCACCUCAGAGCCAACUCGGCCACUGUGUCCUGGGACGUCCCGGAAGGCAAUAUCGUCAUUGGCUAUUCCAUUUCCCAGCAACGACAGAAUGGUCCAGGGCAGCGUGUGAUCCGGGAGGUGAACACCACUACUCGGGCCUGUGCCCUCUGGGGACUGGCAGAAGACAGCGACUACACGGUACAGGUCAGGAGCAUUGGCCUUCGGGGAGAGAGCCCGCCAGGGCCCCGUGUGCAUUUCCGAACUCUAAAGGGCUCUGACCGGCUACCCUCAAACAGCUCAAGCCCAGGUGAUAUCACAGUAGAAGGUCUGGACGGAGAGCGACCACUGCAGACAGGGGAAGUGGUCAUCAUUGUGGUGGUGUUGCUCAUGUGGGCUGCUGUAAUUGGCCUGUUCUGCCGUCAGUAUGACAUCAUCAAGGACAACGACUCCAACAACAACCCCAAAGAGAAGGGGAAGGGGCCAGAGCAUAGUCCUCAGGGAAGACCAGUGGGGACGAGACAGAAGAAGUCACCAUCCAUCAACACUAUUGACGUAUGA